AUGGCAUCUCCGACUAAGUUUCAAAUGAGAUCUCCACUGAAGGAGACUGAUGCUAAUAUGAAGCAUUUGGUUCACCCUACUAAGAAGCGUCUCAUAGAUCAAAUUGACAUCAUUGAUGUAGAUGAAAAAAAUCUACUCAAUGAAAGCAACAGUAAUAGGAACGAUAAUGACAAUGAUAAUGAUGAUCAUAAUAGCAUUAAUAAUGAGAAUAUCAUUGAUGAUAACGAAAGGGAACAGAUCAACAAUGAUGAUAAUAAAUACCGUAAUACUACACCCGAGAGGCGUCGACAAGUAACUGAUUAUUUGGUAAAGAGACCUAAGAUAGAACGUGCUAGAUCCAUUGAAGGUGCAGUUUUGGUUAGUAAGAAAACGGUGUUGAAAGCCAUUGAACCAAAAGUAACGCAGAAGGAUUUAUUAGAAUGGCAAAAUAAUUGGAAGAAAAUAAUGAAAUACGAUUCUAAAAUUUAUUUUGAUAUCACUGAGGAUCCCGAAACUACUAUUCCACAGAAGAGAACUUUAGACAAGAAACAGGAAUUACUUAAGAGAGGAUUCCAAUCCUUGGGUGCUAAGAUUACCUCCUUUUUUGAUAAUAGCGUCACCAUUGUUAUCACUAGAAGAGAUACUAAUAAUAUGGCAUUUUUAAAUUCCAAUGAUAUACUGAGACGCGCGAAGAGACAUUAUAUGAAACUAUGGAUGUAUGAAAAAGCUUCACGUUUCUUAGGAAAUUUGGAUGUUGACCUUGACGAAAUUGCAAACACUUAUAAUUCAAACACGGCAACGACAACAUUAUCUAAUUUAUUACAAAAUGAAAAACUUUAUGGUCCAAAUGAUAGAGAUCCCAGGACCAAAAGGGAUGAUACACAUUAUUUUAAAUAUCCGCAUGUUUAUAUGUAUGACCUUUGGCAAACAUGGUCACCUCUAAUUACAUUAGAAUGGAAAUAUUCAGCAGUACAAAAGAAAAAUGAAUUACCAUAUCCGAUAGUAAAAGGUGGUACAUUUGGUAGAUGUCCCUUUGUUGGUGAUAGAACGUGUAAUGAAAAUGCAUAUAAACGGGUUGUUAAACGUUAUGCACGUGAUAAAUUAAACAAGAAUUACGCUAUUAAGUUACGUAAACUUUAUCAAACACAGGCUACUCCUUACCCCGUAGCAGAUGAGGAUGUAAUUUUUCUACCUCAUGAACAGUGUGAUUCGAAAUCCAUAUAUUACCGAUGGCAAAUGCUUAAAAAGGGUAUCGAGGAACCUUCUGAAAUAUCGUUCGAACGUGACUUAGAUAAUUCCAAUAACAGUCCUUCCGGAGAUUCAAAGAGAGGAAAAUCGGAAGGACAAAAUAUGAAAAUUACAGAAGAAGGUGCAUACAAGGUCCAAUCAAAGGAUAACUUAGUAUUCGAUUCUUCUAAAAACAUGAUUGUUGCAUUAGAUACACCAAGCACCAAACAGGUGGAAACAUCUCAUUUUCCAAACAAACCUGGUGUGUACAAGGAACCUCCAACGCCUAAGUUGAAGAGACCAGUUCUUGCUUCGUUUACAAGACAAGACACGGAAGAUUAUUUUCCAGAUGACCUUUGCAACUCAAAGAGACAGUCUCAUAUUAAUUACGAAAUAAAAGCAAGUGGUGUUCAUCAAUCAAAUGAUGUUGCGACAUCUUUUGGUAAUGGUUUAGGACCUACAAAAGCUAGUGUUAUGAGUAAGAAUAUUAAAACUUUAAGCAGAUUUGUAGUCGAUAGGAAACUAACUACACCAAGUACAAGAAAAUUGGGAACUGGAAAAUUAUCUCAUUCACAGCUACUUAACGAAAACAAUGCUGUAGAAACUAUCAAUGACAAGAAAGUCCUGAUGUCCAAAACUGCUAGUCAUAGUAAUGACACUAAUCUUAAGGAUGACGCUACAACUGCACAAAGUGUGAAAGUUGAACGCACAAUUACAAAUAAUCAGCCUCCUAAGGCUCCAGUUUCACAGCCAAAAGUGGUGCCUAAAAAUUCAGGAUAUUGCGAAAAUUGUAGAGUUAAGUAUGAUUCUUUAGAAAUCCAUAUCCAAUCGGAGAAACAUAUUACUUUCGCUGAUAACUCUAUGAACUUCGAGGCUAUCGACACCUUAAUUGGCAAAUUAAAAUUUCAAUUUUAA